CAGCAGCCGGGCGGCGCGACGGCCCAGUCGCAGCCCGAGGCGCGCAACGACGGCUGGGCGUCGAGCUUCGCGGCGACGACGAGCGUGCCGUGGGAGGUCGAGCGCGAGGAGGAGGGUCGAGUCGGCGGAACGGCGCCGCCGAUCCUGCGCCCGGGCGAGCCGGUCGCGCAGCACGCGCACGAGCAGCACGCGUGGGCCGAGCGGCAGGCCGGCAACGCCCAGCUCGUGCGCGAGCUCGAGGAGGGCUACCAGACGCUCGAGGGUAUGUGGGACGACGAGGACCGGGUCCGGGCCGAGCGCGAGGGCAGGUCGCGCGACAAGGGCAAGGGGCGCGCGUUCCAGUUCCAGGGCGACGGCGGCACGCUCGCCGCGUCGGACGGCGACGACGAGGCGUUCGCGCGCGCCGCCGACACGCACGUCCCGCUCGCCCAGUCGUCGUGGGAGGAGGACUUUGACGACCCGAGCAUGAUCGUCGGCGGGCACGCGCUCGGCGGCGGGCGCACGGCGACGGCGACGCCUCGCACGCGCACGCUCAACGCGCAGCAGCAGGAGUGGGACGCGCUCCAGAGCGCGUGGGACGAGUUUGACGUGACGGCGGCCGGGCUCAAGCCGCGCAGCCAGGACGAGGCCAUGUCGGCCGUCGGCUACGGCUACGCCUUUGCGCAGCACAACCCGUACGUCCACGCGCCGGCCGCGACGACGCACCACCACGCGCAGCACCACGCCGCCGUCAAUGACCUGUCGUCAGCGCUCCACGAGCGGCACGAGUCGCUCCUCCAGCAGGAGGCCGACGUCCAGCGCGACCCGACCAACGCCGGCGCGUGGCUGUCGCUCGGGCUCAAGCAGCAGCAAAACGAGCGCGAGGAGCUCGCCAUCGCCGCCCUCAAGCGCGCCCUCGAGCUCGACCCACUCGUCGCCGGCGGUGCGGCCCACCUCGCGCUCGCCGUCUCGUUCACCAACGAGGGUCGCCGCGGCGAGGCGUACGCGGAGAUCAACCGCUGGGUCGACUCGAUCGCGUCUGAGGGCAGCGCCAGCUACGCCAACGAGAUUGAGCAGUACCGCGGCCUGUUUGGCGCCGCCCUCCCCGAGUCGAUGACGGAGCGCCACACGUACCUGUCGAACCUGCUCAUCCGCCUCGCCCAGUCGCGCGCCGAGCAGAAGGGCGCCGCCGACGUCGACGCCGACGUCCAGGUCGGACUCGGCGUCCUGUUCAACGCGAGCGAGGACUACGAGAAGGCGAGCGACUGCUUCGGCGCCGCUCUCUCUGUCCGUCCCGACGACCCGCUCUUGUUCAACCGCCUCGGCGCGACGCUCGCCAACUCGGGCAAGACGGACCUCGCGAUGCAGUACUACCUCGCCGCGAUCGACAUCGACCCGGGCUACGUUCGCGCCCGCUUCAACCUCGCCGUCGCGAACAUGAACACUGGCCAAUACGAGGACGCCGUGCACCACCUCUUGACGGCGCUGUCGGUGCAAGAGGCCGACUCGGAGCUCGACACUCUCCAGCAGGCGCCCGUCAACGCGGCGGGUGUCAGCCACGCGCUGUGGGACUCGCUUCAAGUGUCUCUCCUCCACAUGCAGCGCAGCGACCUCUCGCCGCUCGCCGCGAGUCGAGACCUGCGUGGCCUCCUGCAGGCCUUCGCGGCGGACCGGUAGUUUCUGCGUGCCUCUCUCUGUUGCUUGUCACUGCAUUGAACGCGUUCCUCG